GAGAGGAAGCUGCGAUAAACAUUGUCACAGAGUGAGUCUAUAAAGUAGGACAAUAAAGGGGAUCACGGUAUCAAUGCUCAAACAAUGGACUUUACAGAUAUGUUUCUCGUCAAAAUCCUCUAUUUCAUCUACUUAAUAAAUUACACCCAAGGUUACCAUUAUGGAAACCCCCUGAGCAAGUAUGUUCAUCACUAUGAGGGUCUCUCCUAUAACACCUAUGAGAUACAUGACAAGCACCUGAGAGCUAAGAGGGCCCUCCACCACCAAGACGCGUUUCUCCAUCUAGACUUCCAUGCACACGGAAGACACUUCAACCUGAGGAUGAAGAGAGACACCAGUCUGUUUGCGGAGGACCUGAAGGUGUCCGUAGGAGGCCAGGAGGUGAACUAUGACACCUCUCACAUUUACACAGGAGAAAUAUAUGGUGAAAAGGGCACACUGAGCCAUGGUUCGGUGGUGGAUGGCAAGUUCGAGGGCUUCAUCCAGACGUACCAGGGGAAGUUCUACGUAGAGCCAGCGGAGAGAUACCUGAAGGACCGUGACGUUCCCUUCCACUCCGUUAUCUACCACGAGGACGACAUCAACUAUCCCCAUAAGUAUGGUCCGGAGGGGGGCUGUGCCGACCACUCAGUGUUUGAGAGGAUGAAAACGUACCAAGCCACUGCCAUAGAGAAGCCAGACAAGGGGCUCCAUUCUGAGGAGGCGUCCAGUGACCCGGUGUUGCUGAGGAAGAGGAGGAUGGCUCAGAUAGAGAAGAACACCUGUCAGCUCUUCAUCCAGACAGACCACCUCUUUUUCAAGUACUACAAGACCAGGGAAGCUGUUAUCGCACAGAUUUCUAGUCACGUCAAGGCUAUAGAUGCCAUCUACCAGGGAACAGACUUCAUGGGCAUCCGCAACAUCAGCUUUAUGGUCAAGAGGAUACGGAUCAACACCACUACAGAUGAGCGGGACCGGUCCAACCCGUUCCGCUUCGCUAACAUCGGCGUGGAGAAGUUCCUGGAGCUGAACUCUGAGCAGAACCACGACGACUACUGUCUGGCCUACGUCUUCACUGACAGGGACUUUGAUGAUGGUGUCCUGGGCCUGGCCUGGGUCGGAGCUCCUGCAGGAAGUUCCGGAGGGAUCUGUGAGAAGAGUAAGCUGUACUCUGACGGGAAGAAGAAGUCCCUGAAUACCGGCAUCAUCACAGUGCAGAACUACGCCUCUCACGUCCCUCCUAAAGUCUCACACAUCACCUUCGCACAUGAAAUAGGACACAACUUUGGCUCGCCUCAUGACUCGGGGUCAGAGUGCACCCCGGGGGAGUCUAAGGCCCAGGAUAAGAAGGAGAAGGGGAACUACAUCAUGUACGCCCGGGCCACAUCAGGAGACAAACUCAACAACAACAGGUUCUCCGUCUGUAGUGUCAGGAACAUCAGCCAGGUCCUGGAGAAGAAGAGGGGAAGCUGCUUUGUCGAGUCAGGCCAGCCCAUCUGUGGUAACGGGUUAGUGGAGCCAGGGGAGGAGUGCGACUGUGGAUACAGCGAUCAGUGCAGAGACCAGUGUUGCUAUGACGCAGGGCAGCCUGACAACAGGAAGUGUAAACUAAAACCCAACAAAGUCUGCAGUCCCAGCCAGGGCCUGUGCUGUACUCCUGAGUGCUUCUAUAAGGGUCGUAAUGAGAAGUGUCGUGAAGAGUCUGAAUGUGCCCAUCAGGGCAUGUGUAACGGGGGUACGGCCCAGUGCCCCACCUCUGAACCCAAGGCCAACUUCACCGCCUGCCACGGAGAGACUCAAGUCUGCCUCAACGGGGGGUGUUCUGGAUCCAUCUGUGAGAAGUAUGGUCUGGAGGUCUGUACCUGUGCCAGCGUGGAGGGCAAGGAUGAGACUGACGAGCUGUGCCACGUCUGCUGUGGCGAGAAGAUGAACCCCAACACCUGCAGCAGUACAGGCUCAGAGAAACUGGCCCGGUUCUUCAAUAAGAAAAUCACCACGCUGCCUGCGGGGUCUCCCUGUAACGACUUCAAGGGCUACUGCGACGUGUUCAUGAGGUGUCGGCUGGUGGACGCGGACGGCCCUCUGGCCAGACUGAAGAAGGCCAUCUUCAACCCUGAGCUCUAUGAAAACAUUGCAGAGUGGAUAGUGGCUCACUGGUGGGCAGUGCUAUUGAUGGGUAUUGCUCUGAUCAUGCUGAUGGCUGGCUUCAUUAAGAUCUGUAGUGUCCACACUCCCUCCAGCAACCCCAAACUGCCCCCACCCAAACCACUACCAGGCACGUUGAAGAGGAGGAGAGCCCAGCAGCAGGCCAGGGAGGCCCAGGUGCACCAGUCCCAGUCUCACCAUGGAGGUGUCAGCCACGGCCAGCACCACCCUGUCUCUGGGGGCCAGCGGCAGCAGCCCUCACGCCAGCCCCAGCCCCAGAGGCACCACCGCAGCCAGGGUCAGCCUAGAGAAAACUACCAGAUGGGCCAGAUGAGACGCUGAGCUGCUGAGACACUGGGGUUCGGGGUGGGGAACGCUGCUCCCUCCAUCGCCUGCUCCUUGCCUUGCCUUGGCUCCUCCUUGUGCCUAUUUAUGUCACUGCUGGGAUUGAGAUUUGAACCCAUGUCUCCAGGGUGGAAAUCCCACAUCUUCACCAUUUAAACCUAGAGGAUAUUCUUAGAUGUUUUAUGAUAGAUGGAAUUGUGGGAAAGAAAUGGGAACAACAGUUUUUUUAGUUUUUACACACUUUUUAGGAUGUCCUGUUUAUCUAAUGGUUAAGGCGUUGUGUUGCCUGCCACGUGGGAGACCCGGAUUCAAAUCACACCGGUUUACACCUAACAGUGGGAUAAAACACGUGCUUCACUCCACCCAAAGAACAGCCUAAACUGGUUGUUUACCAUCCCCAUACGUCAGACCCUCCAUCUACAAACAGACAAACAGGACGGAGUUGAGAAAGCUCAAAGACCUCCUCCAAUAACCACCACUAGAGCUGCAGCACAGCUGACCUCUUCAAAUAACCACCACUAGAGCUGCAGCACAGCUGACCUCUUCAAAUAACCACCACUAGAGCUGCAGCACAGCUGACAUCUUCAAAUAAAGACCCCCUCCAACGACCACCACUAGAGCUGCAGCACAGCUGACAUCUUUAAAUAAAGACCCCCUCCAACGACCACCACUAGAGCUGCAGCACAGCUGACAUCUUUAAAUAAAGACCCCCUCCAACGACCACCACUAGAGCUGCAGCACAGCUGACAUCUUUAAAUAAAGACCCCCUCCAACGACCACCACUAGAGCUGCAGCACAGCUGACAUCUUUAAAUAACCACCACUAGAGCUGCAGCACAGCUGACAUCUUUAAAUAAAGACCCCCUCCAACGACCACCACUAGAGCUGCAGCACAGCUGACAUCUUCAGUCUUCAUCCAGCUGUUUUCUGGGGCUCCACCUUUUGGAGUGAGAUCCGCCAUUUUGUCAUUCUGUGGAGUGGAAGUGACCAUCAGCCAUUGAAGUGGAAGUGACCAUCAGCCAUUGCAGUGUGGAGUGGAAGUGACCAUCAGCAUUGCAGUGUGGAGUGGAAGUGACCAAAAGCCAUUGCAGUGUGGAGUGGAAGUGACCAUCAGCAUUGCAGUGUGGAGUGGAAGUGACCAAAAGCCAUUGCAGUGUGGAGUGGAAGUGACCAUCAGCCGUUGCAGUGUGGAGUGGAAGUGACCAUCAGCCGUUGCAGUGUGGAGUGGAAGUGACCAUCAGCCGUUGCAUUGUGGAGUGGAAGUGACCAUCAGCCGUUGCAGUGUGGAGUGGAAGUGACCAUCAGCCGUUGCAGUGUGGAGUGGAAGUGACCAUCAGCCGUUGCAGUGUGGAGUGGAAGUGACCAUCAGCCGUUGCAGUGUGGAGUGGAAGUGACCAUCAGCCGUUGCAGUGUGGA